GAUGCCGAGGCGCGCCUCCCGCGGCAGUUGAAAAAUGGCGGCUGUCGCGGAGCUGAAGGCAGUUUUAAAGGACACCUUAGAAAAAAAGGGGGUGUUGGGACAUUUAAAAGCAAGAAUCCGAGCUGAAGUUUUCAAUGCCCUGGAUGAUGACUGUGAACCUCGGCCAUCUUUGUCACAUGAAAACCUUCUAAUUAAUGAGUUAAUCCGGGAGUACUUGGAAUUCAACAAAUACAAGUACACAGCCUCGGUCCUCACAGCAGAAUCGGGUCAACCUGUAGUUCCAUUGGACAGACAGUUUCUCAUCCGUGAACUACACGCCUUUGAAGAAUCCAAGGAUAGUGCAAUGCCACUUUUAUAUGGGAUUCUAGCUCAUUUCUUGCAUGGCACUAAGGCCGGCAUCCAGAACGGGUUUCUGAAAGAGUCGUCACUGCAGCCUGCAAACCCACGCCUUGGUCAGCCACCCAACAGAAGAGAAGAGACAGGUGGGAGUGUCUGAGGUCCCCCUUUGGCUUCAGCAGUAUGACUUCUCUGAGUAUGACCGCGUGAGGAAGAAGAGCAGCGGGUUGAGCACCAGGACUGAGGGGCCUCCUGCCGCUCAGGCCGCGACACAUGACCCGCGAUUCGGGGUCUGACCUCAGAGCCGUGCGUGUGGACUGACUCGUCAUCCCAGUGCCGCCAGCGCGCACACAUCACCGCUGCUGCCCGGCUUUGUGCGGAUUUGAGUUUCUGCAGAACAGCCCCUGUGUGUUCCUGCACUUGUGAAUAAAGACUCACCUGGGUAUGACGGGAAGGAAAAUGUAUUGUUUUCAAGGUCAUGUUUAUAAGAAGUACUGUGUACAGUUUAAAAGCAUGCGGCUCUGUGGCAGCUGGUGUCUGUCUCAGCGUGGUCUUCUGACGUCGGCCGCAGGCACUGCUGAAGCAGCCACGUGGCAAAGCUGCGGAGAAGUGGAAGGAGCUGGCUGAGAACCCGGCCCCAAGGCCUUGCCGUGCAAGUGCUUCAGGGAGGGCACCCACCAACGAGGGGACCGGCGCUGUCUCUGGAGCCCCUGCUGAUGCUUAAAAUGUCAGACCCUUAGCUAGAACUGCCCUGGGCCUGGGGUUGCAGCUGGGAUAGGUGUGAACUGAGCUUAAAAAAAAAAAAACACGGCUCUGAGGGCUGGCGCGUGGCGCACUGGUGGACCGCCCAGCGCCUCCGUACCUGGUUCCAUCUCCAGCACCGCCUGCAAGAAGGAAAACACAGGUGUUCAUUCUUACCCUGUGUUCUUUAAUAUGCACAUUCAUUAAACUUCCUUCCCCCUGGAUUUAUGUGGAUUUGUAGUACAUUCAUAUUAAAUUAAAACAACAUUAGAAUCAGGAAAACUAAUUCCUGAAAAGUUAAUUUUAAGCACUUGCACAUGCCACACAUAACUGGAGAGAUAGCUUGGUAGUUAAACGCAUUUGCUUGCAAAGCCUGAUGCCCUGGGUUCGGCGUUCUCCAAACUCACGUAAAGCCAGAUGCACAGAGGGUUCAUGUGUCUGGAGUUUGUCUGCAGAGGCAAGAGGCUUGCUGUACUCAUACCCGAGAAUGACAACCCUGUAGGACUAGAUUAAGAAAGAAACACUGGCAUUGGUCAUUUUGGUUAAUGAUAAAAAUCAGAUAACUAAAUUGUCACAUGUAGUGCAAAGUGCCAUCCUGUGGGUCUGUAGUCCCGUCCUGUGAGUUCUGUAUUUAGUUUUUGCCUGGGCACCUUGUCUCCCUUUAGCAAAUCAUUUAAUAAAGCAUUUAAGCAGCUCA